GCCCUGCUGGAAGCGACAGCUUUGAUCUGAACUGUACCCACCUAUUUGUCACGUCUACAAACGUGAAUUACAGCAUGGCUCAAGAGUUGUGUCAAUCAAAAAAGGGCCAACUGUCCAGGAUCGACAGCGAGGAAAUGAAGAACUUUGUUGCCAAGCACCUAAAUGGCAAAGAACUCUGGAUAAACGGACAGAAGAAUAAUGAUGGCGUCUGGAAAUAUCUGGAUGGUACAAACAUCACCGUCCAGUUCUGGAUCGAGGAUGAACCGGAUGACUCUGGGAAAUGUCUGAGAGUUGUAUCCGAGGGUGGUUGGAGGGACAAAGCUUGCAGCAAGUCCUAUGGAUAUAUCUGCGAGAAAAUUUGAUGAAUAGUUGCUGUCUUUUGAAUUGAAUAUGUUUGUUUUUUUCUAACAAUUUAUGUAAUGGUUUAACACAUAACAUACUAGAGUUGCGACACCUUAAGUGUUUCGCGUGAUGGAAUGAGUGGAGAUAUCAAAUCAAAUUGGAAAAAAAAUUGGUACGAAAAAAUAUGUGGGUAUGAAAAAAAAUAAAUUUGGGCACGAAAACAAAUUUGAGUAAAAAAAAAGGGUACAAACAAAAUAAGGGUACGAAAAACUAUUUAGGUACGAAAAAAUGGGUACCAAUUAAAAAAUUAGGUACGAAAAAAUUCGGGUACGAAAAAAAUUUGACUACGAACAAAUGGGUACGAACAAAAUUUGGGUACGAACAACUUUGUGUACGAAAAAAAAUGGGUAUGAAAAAAAUGUGGGUAGGAAAAAAAAACAAUUUGAAUACGAAAACAAAUUAGAAUACGAAAAAUAUAGGGAACGAAAAAAAUUAGGGUACGAAAAAACUAUUUGGGUACGAAAAAAAUGGGUACGAAUAAAAGUUUGGGUACGAAACAAAUUUGGGUACGAAAAAAAUGGGUACGAAACAAAAUUUGGGUACGAAAAAAGUUGGGUACAAAAAACGUUUGGGUACAAAAAAGAUGGGUAUGAAAAAAAAUUUGGGUACGAACAAAUUUGGGUACGAAAAACAUUUGGGUAUGAAAAAAAUGGGUUCGAAAAAAAAAAUUGGGUACGACAAAAAUUGGGAACGGAGAACAUUUGGUACGAAAAAAUGGGUACGAAACAAAUUUGAGUACGAAAAAAAUGGGUACGAAUUUUUUUGGGUACGAACAAAUUUGGGUACGAAAAACAUUUGGGUAUGAAAAAAAUGGUUAAAAAAAAAAUUGGGUACAAAAAAAUUGGGUACAAAAAAAAUUUGGGUACGAAAGAAAUUGGGUACGAAAAACAUUUGGCAGGGUUCGACAUUAACUUUUUUUACAGCCAGACCAUCGGACCAGCUCCUCUUAAAAUGUACUAGCCCGAAUAUGAUGUCUACUAGACCAUAAAUGACAUAACAAAUAAACACAAUUGUGUCGUGUAACUGUUUAAUCAAUUAUUUAUCAGUAAAUAAUUAGUGAACACAAGAAAGUCAUUUUGAUGCAAAGAGUAAAAAAUAAAAUAAAACUAUUUAACAACAUAAAUUGUUUGUUAUAAUUUCACUGUUUAUCACCAGUUAAAUAAAUGAUGUCUGUACAGCAGGUGACAUU